UUCCAGGAAGCUCACAGCCUCACUCCCUGCCUACGACUGCUCUCAAAUUCACCUCCUGUGGACCCCAGGGACGCGCUUAUCUCAGCCUCAUCCCCUUCGCCAACCCCGGGCAGUUCUCAAGCGUACCCCUUGCAAAGCCCGGGGGAGUCUCUAGCUCCUCUGCACACCCAAGGCAGCACCCAGGUGCACCCCUUGCCCACUCAGGGCAUCCCCAGGCUUCACUCCUGUGGAACCUCUUGGUUCCGCGGCGGCGGCAGCCCCGUCGGCGUCCACCCAGAGCCGGGCUCACCGGUGCUUGGGAGAGGAGGAGCCGGCGCCCUGGCGCUCCUCGUGGGUAGGACCGGGCUAGGGCCCCCGACCACUCUCGGGGUGUCCUGGAGGUCGCUGCUGCUGCUGCUGCUCCUGAGCUUGCCUGCCGGUGCUUGGUACAAGCACGUGGCAAGCCCCCGCUACCACACAGUGGGCCGGGCUUCGGGGCUGCUCAUGGGCCUUCGCCGCUCACCUUACAUGUGGCGCCGUACUGUGGCAUCGAGCCCGGGCCAGGGGAACAGAGACGCGGACCGAGAGCUGUCUGCUUGGAAUAACAACCCCCUGCCUGGACCACGCUGUUGGCGGGUGUCCGAGGAAGCCCCGCGGAGACGCAGCGCAGGAACCGCAGGGAGCUAAGUGGAGGACGCUGGACAGGAAACCUGAGUUCGAGCCAUCCUGUUGGUGAUGAAAGGCUCCGGGACAGUGCACCUGCAGGACCUCCUCGGGGCUAGAUAGGAGACUUCUUGCCGCUGGAUCCCCAUCCUGACCUGCCAGAACCUUCGGACAGGAGACACCUGUGCCCUCCCUCGACUGUGGCAUUCCAAAACCUACAGACCAAUUCCUGACCCCAGUUUUGAAUGUCUUGGGAUCCCAGGGCCUGUAUUUCAGCUUCACUGUGGCCUGUUGUGGGGUAGAGGUUGAGAGGGUAGGAGCAGACACAUCACAGAACCCUCAGGAACAAUGACUCAACACUUACUGGGGUCUCCAGUUAUAUCCCGCCCCCUUUCCCUUUCCUUCACAGAAUCGUUGUCUUUUUGUUGGGGUCUUCGUACCUUCCCUGUUUACUGUAGGAAUCUGCUCUCAUUAAAAAUGACUAUUUAA